AUGUCCACUGAAGAAGGUACCCAUACUCUGCCCGAUGGGCUAAAAGCAUACUCCAAGACUUGGAAGACAAGUGAAUCCCCUCGCGCAAUCCUGGUCUUUAUUCAUGGUUUCAGUGAUCACUGUAACACCCACUAUGACCUAUUCCCAACCCUUGCCGCAUCUGGAAUCGAGGUGAGAGCCUUUGAUCAGCGAGGCUGGGGCCGCACAUUCAACGGCCUCAAAGACCGUGGUAACAGUGGCAGCACAACAGUCGUCCUCGCCGACAUGCACUCAUUCAUCACCAGCGUCGCCACAUACGCUGAAGCCCAGGGCAUACCCCUCUUCCUAGCAGGCCACAGUAUGGGCGGGGGCCAAGUACUGAACUAUGUACUGCACCCAGACUCGCCAUACCGCCAGUCAGGCGCGCAGCCCAAGCUCACUGGUCUGCUCCUUCGUAGUCACGGCCGGUCGAGUCGUCGCGAAGCUUCUGCCUCGGAUGCAGCGCCACUCCCCCUCGACCCGGCCCAUGUAUCUCGAGAGAAAUCAGUGAUAGCUGAUUUCCAGGCCGAUGACCUGUGCCACGAGACUGGAACUUUUGGCGGUCUGGCUGGCAUGCUUGAUCGUGGGUUGUGGCUGGAGAAUUUGUCGAAGAAUCAGCUCGAGGGCAUUGAUGUUCUACCCAUGUGGCUCGCUCAUGGCGAUCAGGAUCGCAUUACGAGCCACCCGGCUACGAAGCGCUUGGCUCAGUUGCUGGCCGAGAAGGGAGAUGUCGUUUUCGCUUCGUACGAGGGUGCUUAUCAUAAAUUGCAGGCCGAAUUGCCGGAGACUAGGGCGCAGUUCUGCCGCGAUGUUUCGAAUUGGAUUCUUGGUAAAUCUGGGGAGAACCAGUCUAAGCUGUGA